AGUUUUUUUAAAUAAAUCAUUUGUGAUGAUUUCCACUAAAUCUUCUUUUGACUUUAUAGAAAGAAUAUUUAGUGAAUAUAGCAAUUCAAUACGGUAUAUUUCGUUUACUUCCAUCUUUUGUAAUAUUUAUUUAUUAUUACACAUAUUUUUUUGGCGAUUUUAGAGUUCUCAAACUGGCAACACUUUUAUAUGAAUCGUGAAAAUGGCAAGUGGUGGCAUGUUUGAUGACAAAAUAAAUACAAAUGAUAUGUCUGUAGCAGAAGAAAGUUCAAUAAACGACGCUUUAGCACCAGAAGCUAGAUUUGAAUGUCCCAUUUGCCUAGCUUGGUUGAGAGAUCCAGUUCUAACCUCUUGUGGUCAUCGGUUUUGCAGAAAUUGUAUUUAUUCUUGGUUAGAGAGGGAGAAUGCUUGUCCUGUGGAUAACAUGAAAUUAAAUAAGGAAGAUAUAUUUCCAGAUAAUUUCACAAGAAGGGAAAUAUCUCAACAACGUACAAAGUGUCCAAAUAUUGUUAGAGGUUGUUUAAUAGAGUUAUCUCCCUUGGAUAUCGAAACUCACCUUAUGGUUUGUGAAUAUAAAAUUCCCGAAUUGCCAGAUAAUGAAAAAUUGCGAUGCUCUUUUAUGGAAGUUGGUUGCGAGGAAAAAUUUGAGGACGAACCCGAACUUCAGAGACAUUUGGAACAACACAUACAAAAACAUUUAACAAUGUUAUCUAAAGCAUAUGGAAAAAUUGUUGUGAAUAAUUAUCCAACGAAUAGUACUGCCAGCUUAUCAGAACAAGCUAAUUUCUGGGAUCCACCAGCAAAAAAUGAAGUGCAGUCUGUAGUUAAAGAUAAUAAUCUUCAAGAAUUGUUGAAGACACUGUAUGAGAAAAUAGUCUAUUUAGAACAAAAAACCAGAGAACAAGAUAUUAUAAUAGUAAAUAUGUCAGAACAAAUUUCAUCCCAUAAUCUUAGUAUGACAAAGCUGCAUCAGCGAUAUUGCAAUGGUUGUUAUUUAUGGUAUUUUAGUGACUUUAAAAACAAAAUUAAUGCAAUGAGGGAAAAUCCGCAUUUAAUGCACUACAGUCCAGGAUUUUUCACUAGUCCAAACGGAUAUAAACUAUGUCUGCGGUUGAAUUUGUCUCCCAAAGAUAAUAAUUACAUUGCAAUAUUAGUACAUGUUAUGAAAACUGAACACGAUCAUUCAUUAGAUUGGCCAUUUAGUGGCAGAUUAACAAUAAGUCUAAUUCAUCCUACGCAAUCAUUUCGCACCAUAAAAGAAACAAUGAUGACUCGUCCAGAACUAGAUGCAUUUAAACGUCCAGUACAAAAUAUGAAUACAAAAGGAUUUGGAUAUACUGAAUUCGCUUUGUUAGAAGAUAUAAUAGAACAAGACUUUAUUUCAAAUAAUCAGUUACUAAUAAAAAUACAAGCUCAAACACUUUAAAUAAAUUAUAACGUAUUAUACAACUACACUGAAGCUAACUUCAGUCUGUACGACCGAGCACGUGUUAACGAAAGGUCGCUGAGACCGAAUUCACUCAAAACGUUUGGCACAUCCAACCCACAAUUUCGUACUGAAAAGAGAUGUUUGGGGUAAGAAAGUACUUGGAGCCGUCGGGCUAUAGCGUGGCACAAUCGUAAUAUUUCGGAAAAAUUGUAAACUGUUAGCUUCAGAAGGUUAAUUAUUGAUAAAUUAUCUAUGUUAAUGCCAUAUAUUUUACAUAUUUUUAUUUUCCAUAUGUUAUUUCAAACAUAUCGUAAUAUUUAAUUUCAUCCUUCUAGUUGCAAAAUAUUAAAGGAACAUACUCAGUUAAAAUUUAUGAAAUUGGUUGAAUUAAUCUUACAGUAAAGCUUGGUUUAUGCAGCCAAAAUCAAAACUGAAUUGAAAUUAACAUUAAACUUAACUUUCUUGGUGGUAAUAUUUUGAUUUAUGCAAUAAAUUAAGAAUAAUUAUAAAUUACUGCUAAACAAAUAGAAAUUAUUUUGUCAUAAAAAUGUGGAAAUCUCCUGACACUAUCAGUGUUCCGCGCUCUGAAGGACAUAGCUGACUUUCAAACAAUGCUUUCUCCCAUUUUCUUAAUAUCAAUUUUAAAAAUAAAACACCACGGCGGAAAGCGGCGUAAUAACGCUAAUAUAAUUUCCGUAAACAAAGAACAAGCGUGUUGUUAAUAACACAAUAUCACCAAUACAGACUCAUCUGACGUAUUCUGUGCUCAUAACCUCACAAAAUUAAUGAAUUAAACUAAAAUGUUAAAAGUUUGCGAACUCUUUUGCGUUUAAUUAUAAUUUGCGUUUCAAUGUAUUUCAACUAGUAAUUUAAUUUGUUAGUUUAAUGGUAAUUUUUAAUUUUGGCAACAGAAACCAAGCUUAAGUCAUUGUUAAUUUUUAUAGUAAGUAUAUUUUAGUAGAUUACCUUACUAAAUAUUAUAAUACAAAGCCUCCUCCACGCCUGUCUUUCUCUAUCAGGAUAAAGUCAAAAAGUACUGAACAGAUUUUCAUUUGUUUUUAACGAAUGGAGUGUUUUAUAUGGAGGUUUAGAUAUAUAAGGUUUGUCAAGAGUUUGUGUAAGUCUGCACACAAUUGUCUGAAAAAUUGAAGUCCCUAGAAAGUUUCAUCAAAAACGCUCCAUAAUACUUGAUUGCAUGUGGCAUAAAUCUAUUUGUUACACUCAAAUACACUUUGGAUUCAAACGUAUUUAGUGGAUUAUAUUUGGAACUCGGCUUUCGCUAAACACCCCUUAAAACAAUAUGUGAUUCAAAAUAAUCUCUCAAAAUGGAAGGCUUCUUAACUUUAGACCGAUCUAUUGGUUUUUAAAAUAAAAAUGGAUAUUGAAUAUGAUUUGGGUAUUUUAAACACGGUGAUUCAAAACUCCACAUCCACACCGUGGGCAUCACGGACAAUCCGGAAUGCCGCUGGUACAUGGAGGAGGCUGAAACAGCAGACCGCCUGUAAGUUCUCACGAGCGCAGCUCAAACACACACACACACAGUAUGCCUAAUGACAUCAAAGCGCCUGAUCGGCUUCUCAAAGACAAAGGCCUUUCCGUCGAAGUGACUCAUGGCUACUAAAACUCCACGAUGCAACUAUCCAACCACGCUAGCCGAUAGGAUCUUACGACAAACAAAAUAUGUAUGCCUUUGCCCAACUGAAACCGGUCGCUUUGUUUUAUAAUAUGUAGGAUUUACAUAUUAUAACUCCUAUAAUUAAAUGUGAUCAAUAAAUUUGUAUUAUUAAUCCGUCCAAUAUUAAAACUAAUUAUAGUAGGUAUAUAUCUGUUAUUACAUUUUUAAUAUGUAUUAUUCAAAAAUAUAUUUUGUUUAAAACCUA